CGGACACCGACAGUUUCAAUAGUCACCUUUUCCAGGCUGGCCUGCUGGACGGUUUCGCAAGGCAAGCUGGGAAUGCGUUCAAGCAAGACGGUAGCGCAGCAGGCACGAUGGGAUCCUCGCUGUGAUUGCAAGACGGGGAGAGUGGUGGCUGCCGUGUUCUCAAGCGUUAAGGUUAAGGCUGGUGAAAGGGCCUCAGUUGGCUGGGGCGCGGUGUGGGCCUGCGGUUAAAACAGUCCAACCCGGCUCCGAUCAAGUCGAGGCCCUGUUUCCUGCCAUCUGCUAGCAUACAUUUGAAACUCAAACCACCUCCUGGCGGGAGGGGACGACAGGAGAUAUAUCCACUGCGGCGCCCUCCUGUCUCGUGUUGCCCGUUCACCGUCAUCGCUGCGACACCAUUCCUGGUCUUCUGGAGGCCCGCGCAUUCUUACUGUCGUGUUGUAAUCAUUGGGAUCGCCCCAAGUCGGUGGAGAUAUACGGACACGAAUGCGGACAACACGCACGCGCGCCUCACGUUCCCCCCGUCGCAGCCGUCGUCGCCGUGCUACUGAUAACAGCCGCACCAUCCGGAUUGCGCAAGUAUACAAGCAAUUGUGCGCCGUAUCCCUAAUUAUCACCACCCACCACCAUGAAGCGAAAGUUCUCUUUCAACUUGGCGCCCGUUGUAAGAUUCCCAGCAAAAUGGACGCUGCCAAGGAGAAAACACCAGAGCCCACGCCCGCGCAAUCACAGCCGCAGAGAGAGUCCCAGUCACACAGGAGACACCACUUGAAGGACGAUUUUCCUCACCUCGCAGCCCACAUUAGCCGUCAAUCUCUCGAUGCACAAACAGAGCGAGAGCUGCGUGUGGCAUGUCGUCUCAUCCUGCAAAACUUCAAGCCAUCCGACCAUGGCAUGGAAGACACCGACCCUCGUCUGGACUUCGGUGCCAUGAACAGGCGCAGAGGAGAGCAGCAGAACGCUGUCCUAGGUGCGAACGAGGUUAGGGUUAGGAUGCCUACAGGAGCGCCGGUCGACCUGAAGACUGCCCUCGAAGCCAGGAGAUUGAGAGCUGAGGCGGAGGUAAAGAAGAACCCGCAGAGCACGUUACCCGUCCGCACAAGGUCUGCUCGGCAACGGUUCGACGAUGCGUUUGCCGAUGAGAGAGGGCGGUCGGCGACCAAGAAGUACGUCACUGCUAAGCCUCCGUCUGCGGAAACAGUGCAGAGAGGUCGUUCCCAGCGCACCAGGACAGAAUCUGGUGAUGCUGAUAGUCUGGCUACACCCAUGACCGGCUCUACCACCGAUGCCUACUUCAACCAUGCAUCGACUGCACCUUCGUCUGCGGCACUCACGUCAAGCGGGACAUCUAACCGUCAUUCUCGCCAACUCGAGCCAGCAGCGAUCGCAGAUGCUCAGGCCGCUGAGUGGAUGCGCAAGGAGCUCGAGAAGAGGAGGCAACAGAACGACUCCCCUCAGCAACCUCCCCCCACCACCAACCGACCACCGAGCCGUGCUCGUAGUAUCAAGGAGAACAUCAAAGAGUACAUCUUCCCAGGCAGCACAUCCAUAUCUCGUGCUCCAUCUCGAGCACUGAGUCGUACCCAGUCUAGGGAGUCUUUGGCUUUGUAUGAUGACGAUGGCGAGCCGAGGCGAAAUGGCUCUCAGCGUGGCUGGCGAAGCUGGGGCUCGGCACUGAGGGUCAACUCGAGAAGCAAUAGUAGGCCAGGAACGAGGGGCCGCGACGCUGAAGCAGAGCAGCCUAAGAAGUCCGAAGUCAACCUCAACCGAGAGCUACCGCCCCUUCCCAGCCUCGACUCCUGGAAGGAUGAAGUCAAGCCGCAACCGGAACUGUCGAGCUCACACAUUGCCAGUGUCAUGCGCGCGCACGACAAACAACAAGGUCCUUUCUCACCGACACGGAGCAACCACAGGAGAAGUGGCUCCGAUACUCUAGCCGUGCAAUACGCACAAGCCUACCCUCAGAGCCCAUCGCACAGCCAUCGAUCACCUAUGUACAACAAGCAAAAAGUCGAUUCGAAGAAGAACUCGCCCCGACCGGACCAAGGCGAAAUCUCGCAAGUAAUGACUGGCUGGUCUUCAACCGGCAAUCUCGCUCCCCGCAACGGCCACGUCCGCCACCAGAGCACCGACAACUCUUCCCCCGGAAAGAUGAGUAUGGAUCAGAACAACUUCUCACGGAAGAUCAGCAUGGACACACCAGAUCACCAUGCAUUUCCCAGCGCAGUCAAGUUGCAGAAGAAUCAGCAGCAGAGCAGGCUGAAAAAGGUGUUCAGCGGGUGGAUGCUCAAGAAAGAGAAGAAGGAGGAUUGGAUGCACAAGAUCGAGAAAGAAGGUGUCAAGGAGGGAGUUCUUGUGCAGGAGGGCGGUGCUCAUGUGCCUGUGGUGCGCUAUUAGACCUUGUGCUUUCGUAUUCUGGGGCUCGACGACCCAGGCAUGGACCAUUGCGUCGCGUGCGGCGCCCUCCCAGUACGUCUCAUCGAUUCGAGGGCGAGAGAGGGUAUAGGGCAUUGGGUAUUUCUGGUUCCCGUAUAUCUUUUCGUUUGGUUUGGCAUGGCGUUGGAUACGCAGACACGGCCGGUCCUAUUAGUUCGGCUUCCCCUCUUGCAUACUCGCAUUACACUCUUACUACUAGUCUUUUCACGAAGUAAUGCGUAAUGCGCUAUGAGCUGUACAUUACAUGGUAGCAGGCAAAUCUGGCAUUUCCAAACAUCUUCACAACAUAUUGUUUACUUUCCUCUGAAUCAUGAAGAUGCGAAUCCCGGCGUUUAAAGCAAC